GUCGUUUAUUUAAGUUUGUAAAAGUUGAGAAUACGUUGUACAAUAGUGGGGAACGAUCACGUGAUAGCAUAGCGAAUACCACUGGAAAGACCACUUGUUGUAAGACGCCUUAUCUUUUUGUAUCUGCUACAGACGAGAGCAGGAUGCAUACAUUACUGACUUUCGCGUUUGUAAUUUUAUUUCAAGUGCUUGAAUCUAAGAAAUUGACUGCAAUUGACACCGAAUCUGGUAUAGUUGGUUUUAAUGUUCAGCUGAAAUGGGAUGUGGAUGUAAAUAUUAAGGAGGAAGAUUACUCUAUCUUAAAGGUUGAAAACAAGAUAACCAAGAAACUAGAGAACACUAUAAAAUAUCCCCAUAGGCUAGAUGACACUAGGCUUAUUCUGACUAUUAAAAAUGUUACAUUAUAUGACGCAGGUAUAUACAGGUGUAAAUUGCAUGCUUCUGGUGAAUAUAAAGAUAUAAAUCUGAAGGUGGAAGAUUGGGAAUUUCAAUGGAUUUAUACAACAAAUCCAAUGGUAUCGAGACUCAAUAAAGACAUAUUAUUGGUGUGGAAAUAUCGAAGUCUGAAGUUGGUCAAUGAAAUCAGCUUUAAUAGGUACAGCAAUUAUACCAAAGAGGGGCAUCGAAUUGGUGUUUGGACCACUAAGGAUGGUUUUAAAUCUGAUGUGAGUAAUGUUAAGUUGGACAUGUCGAAAUAUAAAGCAGUUGACGAAUUAAGUUUGAUACUGAUAAAUGCCACGAAAGAUGAUUUCAACUUAAUCUACAUCUGCCAAAUAUCCCAUGGUGCAAAUGUUAAUCAGAAGGGAAUUCAGCUGGAGAUAAAAAAACCUACAUUAUACAGUAAGAGUUCGAUUAUUACUGAUUGUGUAAUUGAAUUUCAAUGGUAUUACGACUAUGAUUAUCCCGCCCGUGCCAUUAUAUUUAACCGACAGUUACACGAUGAGCCUCUUAAAGUUGGAUUCUGGAUUGAUGGGAGGUUUAAGCCAACUCUAGAUGGUGGACAAGAUCGUGUGAAAUUUGAAAAAACAGAUCAUCUACAAGGAGGGGCACAUAUAACUCUAAAAUUAUUGAAUGUAACCAAGGAUGAUUUCAGUUACAAUUAUACCUGUAAAUGUGUUUUUACUGAUAAAACAAUAGCAGUUUCUGCUAGUGUGGAGAUUACAACUGAAGAGCGGCCUAAUGGAACAGAUGGUUAUACGUUGUCCCGUGAGGGUCUUGAUAGGAUGAAUAUUGUUGCAGUGGUUACUACAGUGGUGCUUACAGUAAUAAUAUUGAUUGCAGUUCUAUACAAACGAUGUAAUCCACUAAUUUGUAGAGCGGUAAAUCAAACAGAAACUGAAGAACAAGAUGAGGAACACAAAUUGCAAGCUAUACAAACUGAAGAACAAGAUGAGGAACACAAAUUGCAAGCUAUACCAACUGAAGAACAAGAUGAGAAAUACAAAUUGAAAGCUAUACAAACUGAAGAACCAGACUAGGAAUACGAAUAUCAAGCUAUACCAAAUGAAGAUGUUGAAGAUGAUGUAUAUAUUGGUUGUACUUCUACAACAUCAGAACAUACCUUGACUAAAAGAAUAUCAAGGCAUGAGUAAUGAUCUGGUCUACCCUCUGUUGCCCCCAACACAAUUAUCACAAGGGCAGGAGAGGGUAGUAAAUGGGGCUUAAUAUCCAAUGGACUAGUUUAUUCAAUAAACUGAAAUGGAUUGAACAACAGGCAAAGCCCUAUAUAAGUUCUCUCCAAACAUAAAAUAAUAAACAAUGGUGGACAUAUGUAUAGGUAGUUAGUUACAAACAUAUAUACAUUUCUUGGAGUGUAAUGUUUAGAUAUAAUAUAGUAUAUUUACAUUUAAGUUUAUGUUAUGAAAAUAGAAAAAUAUUACACAAUGUAAAUAUAGUUUUAAUAAUUAAAACUUUAAAACCGC